UUCCCUUGAGCAUGUACAAGCUUGGAUCUCGGUACUCCUCGCCCCGGCCAGCUUGAACCCAGGGCGCCCCCCAGGCAGCCUGCGGCAUGAUCUCCAUCACCGAAUGGCAGAAGAUUGGCGUGGGCAUCACCGGCUUCGGAGCCUUCUUCAUCCUCCUUGGAGCGCUCCUGUACUUUGAUUCCGUGCUCCUGGCCUUCGGAAACCUGCUGUUCCUGACCGGCCUGACCCUCAUCAUCGGCCUGAGGAAGACACUCUCCUUCUUCUUCCAGUGGCACAAGCUCAAGGGGACCAGCUUCUUCCUGGGGGGUGUGGCCGUUGUGCUCCUGCGCUGGCCCCUCCUGGGCAUGUUUCUAGAAACCUAUGGAUUCUUUAGUCUCUUCCGGGGCUUUUUCCCUGUGGCCUUUGGCUUCCUGGGCAAUGCCUUUAACAUUCCCUUCCUGAGUGAGCUGUACCGGAGGUUUCAAGGCAGCAGCUCAAUGGUCUGAGCAGCAGAGAUGAGCUCCUUGAACUUGGACCGUUGGUUGAGGGGGCUGGAAAGGAAAUGGGGCCACCCUCUCGGGCCCCCCUCCUGCACUGACUCACCUACCCCGCACACCCGGGCCUCUCCGAGUCCAGAAGGAAGGAUGGCUCCAAGUGACUGACCUCGGAUUCCCAAGCCAACGCCAGAGGCCAUGGGCAUUGUUGGGAGCAGAGCUCCAGGGCCCCACAGAGCUCGGGCUGGGGCUGGGACCACACCCCGCUCUGUAGGGGAGGAAAAGCAAAGAUUAAAUCCCACGCUGUGUGUGUCUGACACUCGAAGUCAGUGUCUCGGGCCUGUUAAGUCAUCUCCUGACUCGGGGCAUCUCAAUCUAUACAGCAAAGGGCAGGCCUGCUCUCAGCGGCUCAUUUGCACCCUGAGGAGUGGCAAUGUGUGUGUAAGCCCCUUUCGAAGAAGGCAUUAGACAAGUGACGGGUAGAAAUCCUGGCCUGGCAGGAAGUGCUUCUCGGCCGGCCGUAGGUGGAUGUUUGCUCGGGACACCCCCCCAGGCGGAGCCUGUGCUGGGAGAGCUUCCUGUCUGCGGGUAGAGACAGCCUCCACCUUCGGACAGCCCUAGUCUGACAGAAGGAAGAGGCUCUGUCCCAAGAGCCCCUGGUCCAAGGAUAAAGACCAUGACUGCAGGCCCAAGGACGAGACCAGAGUUCCCCGCAAUGUAUGUAUAGGGUGUCCCCCACAAUGUGUACACACUUGAGCAGCUGAUAGCCAUCAAUGCAAAUGAACUGUAUUUUAAC